AUGUGCGAUCAACAGGACCCGUCCACGGAAGAAAGCAGCGACUACAGCGAGGCCGAGGUGCUGCCCGACUCCUUCCCGUCGGCGCCGGCCGAGCCUCUCCCAGAAUUCCUGCUGGAGCCAGAAGAUGCUUUUAUUGUGAAGAACCGGCCGGUGCAGCUGCGGUGCCGGGCGUCGCCGGCCACGCAGAUCUACUUCAAGUGCAACGGGGAAUGGGUCAAUCAGAACGAUCACGUCACCAGGGAGAACCUGGACCAGGUCACAGGACUGGUGGUGAGGGAAGUGGACAUCUCUGUGUCGAGGACCCAGGUGGAGGAGCUGUUUGGGCUGGAGGACUACUGGUGCCAGUGUGUGGCCUGGAGCUCGGCUGGCACCACCAAGAGCAACCGUGCCUAUGUUCGCAUUGCCUAUCUUAGGAAGAACUUUGAGCAGGAGCCACUGGGGCGGGAGGUGCGGCUGGAGCAGGAGGUGCUGCUGCAGUGUCGCCCCCCGGAGGGCAUGCCAGCUGCUGAGGUGGACUGGUUGAAGAACGAGGACGUCAUUGACACGUCACAGGACUCCAACUUCCUGAUCACCAUCGACCAUGGGCUGAUCAUAAAACAGGCCAGACUCUCCGACACGGCAAACUACACGUGCGUGGCUCGUAACGUGGGAGCCAGAAGACGCAGCAGUACGGCGACUCUCAUCGUUUACGUGAGUGGAGGUUGGUCUUCUUGGACUGAAUGGUCAGAGUGCAAUGCUCAGUGUGGGCGGGGCUGGCAGCGACGGACACGCAGCUGCACCAAUCCUGCUCCUCUGAACGGUGGAGCCUUCUGCGAGGGCCCGCCCUUCCAGAGGGUGACCUGCACCACACUGUGUCCAGUGGAUGGAGGCUGGACAGAGUGGGCAAAGUGGUCUGCCUGUGGUACAGAGUGCACCCACUGGCGCAGCCGCGAGUGCCAAGCCCCCCCUCCCAGGAACGGAGGAAAGCACUGCAGCGGCAGCAUGAUGGAGAGCAAAAACUGCACUGAGGGGCUGUGUACACGUAAUAAAAAGAUUUCUGUUGAACAUGCAACCCAUCCGCUAGCUCCAGGUAUGGGUGUAGCAGUUUACGCUGGUCUGGUGGUGGCCCUGUUGUUGUGCGUGAUCCUGGCGCUGUGCGUGGGAGGGCUCGCUUAUCGCCGAAGACGGCGCCAUCUCCACGGAGACAUCACGGAUUCCUCGUCCGCCCUCACCAGCGCUUUCCACCCAGGCAACUACAAGCCUCCCAGACAAGAUAACCUUCACCAUCUGCAUCCCUCGGCUCCUCCGGAUCUGACAGCCACAGCAGGGACUUUCCGUGGGCCGCUCUUCUCCUUGCAGCACGUGGUCAACGACAGCCCCCACAAGAUCCCUAUGACCAACUCGCCCCUGCUGGACCCCCUGCCCAGUCUCAAAAUCAAGGUGUACAACUCCUCCACGCUCUCCUCCAUGGAGCUGCCCGCCGACAUGGUCAUCAGCGACGGGGAGAUCCUCAGCCUGAAGUCGGUGGGCACUGUGGGUCGAGAGCGGGACUACCACAGUCACACGCUGUCCAGAGAGCCCGGGCUGAGCACCAGCGCCACCAUGGGUAACCUGGGAGGACGUCUCACCAUCCCCAACACAGGUGUGAGUCUGCUGGUCCCCCCCGGCACAAUCCCCCAGGGCAAGUUCUACGAGAUGUACCUCAUUAUCAACAAGUGGGACAAAACAACGCUUCCCUCAGAGGGCAGUCAGACUGUCCUGAGUCCUGUGGUGAGCUGCGGUCCGUCCGGCAUGCUGCUGAACCGUCCUGUGGUCCUCACGUUGCCCCACUGUGCUCAGCUAGACACGCCCACACCCGACUGGACCCUCACUCUGAAGACGCAGACGCACCAGGGGGCGUGGGAGGAGGUGCUGACGGUGGGCGAAGAGACUUUGUCGUCUCCUUGCUACCUGCAACUGGAGGAGGAGUGUUGUCACGUGCUCAUGGAGCAGCUGGGGACGUACGGCCUGGUGGGUCAGUCCUGUCCUCCACAGCCCGCCUGCAAACGCCUGCAGCUGGCCCUGUUCGCCCCCCGAGCACCGUGCCUCUCGCUGGACUACAGCCUCAGGAUCUACUGCAUCCAUGAAACCCCACAUGCCCUCAAGGAGGUGCUGGAUUUGGAAAGGAGUCUGGGGGGAGUUCUGCUGGAGGAUCCCAAGCCGCUGCUCUUCAAAGACAGCUACCACAACCUGCGCCUGUCCAUCCACGACAUUCCCCACACCCACUGGAGGAGCAAACUACUGGCCAAGUACCAGGAGAUCCCAUUCUAUCACAUUUGGAGCGGCAGUCAGAGACCUCUGCACUGCACCUUCAGCCUGGAGAGAGGCAGCCUGGCCGUGUCGCAGCUCGCCUGUAAGAUCUGCGUCCGACAGGUGGAAGGGGAGGGACAGAUAUUCCAGCUGCAUACAGACAUCCAGGAGACUUUACCACCGCACUCGCCCCUCCCCUCAGGAGGCACCUGCCUGCCUUCCUCUCAAGUGGGACCCUAUGCCUUUCGCUUGCCUGACUCCAUCCGCCAGAAGAUCUGUGCCAGUUUGGAUGCACCCAGCGCUCGCGGGUGUGACUGGAGGCUACUGGCACGCAGUCUGGGCUUUGACAGGUACUUGAACUACUUUGCAACAAAACCCAGCCCCACAGGUGUUCUACUGGACUUAUGGGAAGCCUGUCACCAAGGUGACGCAGACUUGGUCUCUCUGGCGACUGCGCUGGAGGAAAUGGGCAAAAGUGAAGUGCUAGUUGUCAUGACAACAGAUGGGGAUUGUUGA